CAGGCCUCAAAAUGGCAUCCACUGGUGAUAAAAAGCAUCAAGCAAUUCGCAAAUUCACGCGCGCGCACACACGAAAAGGAGAAGGCCCUCAUCAUAUAAAGCCAAACCCCAACGCCCCAGUCCACAUACCUCAUGAACCCUUGAAAAUUCCAUCUAAUUCAAUGCAGAGUCCCGUUAUUGUACUGUUUUCAUGGACUCUCCUCUACUCAUUAACUCCCCAUUAAAAGCCGUUAGUUUUUUGAAUUUCUCUACUUCUCCUUCUGUAAAUUACUCUGCCUUUUCUCUCUCCAGAAUCAAGAAGUCCCACAAAUUCAACAAAUCGCGAAUUGCUGUGAAUUGCUUGAAUCCUCGAAAUCCUAACUUGUUAUGGGGAAAUUAUGGCUCACCCAUCAUACCCUUUUCUUAUUUAAUCCCACUUUUUCACAAAGUCAAGGACUUUGCUGUGAAAUCCUCAAAGCAGAACUGGACUUCUGUUUUCCAGAAAUUUAGUGGGCAAGAAACUGGACUUUUGCAGAACGGGUCAUUAGGGAUGGCACUCAUGUGUGUGACAUCAACAGCCAAAGUUAAAAUAAGCCCCUUUGUGGCUACAUUAGCCGCCAACCCGACUUUUGUUUCGGGUUUAUUUGCUUGGGCUAUUGCUCAAUCAAUGAAGGUUUUCUUGAAUUUUUGCGUAGAGAGGAAAUGGGAUUUUCGGAUUAUGUGUUCCUCUGGUGGAAUGCCCUCUUCCCACUCUGCUAUGUGUACCGCAUUAACUACUUCUGUGGCUAUUUGCCACGGAGUGGCAGAUUCGUUGUUUCCGGUUUGUUUGGGGUUCAGUUUGAUCGUAAUGUAUGAUGCCAUCGGUGUUAGACGGCAUGCUGGAAUGCAAGCGGAGGUUGACGUACUUCUUGUGCUCCUCAUUAUGUACAAUCAUAUGAAAAUUUUAGAGAUGAGGUGUAUGAGUACUGGUUAUUUGGAGUCCAGUAUCGGUACUUGGUUAGAAGGAAAGAACGUUCCCUUCGGCCAGAUCAUAUUCUUGGGGAUAACCUACAGUUUUCAGUACUAUCAAUCAUGGAAUUUCGAUACUUGGUUCGUCAAAAAGAUCGUCCCCCGUGGCUUGACUUGAAGUAUUUUGGGUAUUAGAUUGACUACAGCCUAUAGUGAUCUAUCAAGUCGACAGAGUUGAGUUUUUCUCCCCCCGGGACAAUUGAUGAGGACGUUAUCUAUUUUAUUUAUUUCUAGUUUAUUUUUGUUUUGGAUUCUUAUUUAUUUAAUUGGGCUUGUAUCGGCCCAAGCACAAGCCCGUUCUAGUUAGGGUUUGUCUUUACUAUUUAAACCUAAUUUUCCAUGUAAUUUUGUCAGUUGAUGAUUGAAUAAAGAUUUUUGGUGGCUUGUGA